AUGGCUUCUGUCCAGGAGGUCUUUCUUGACCGGCGUCAUGGCAUGCAGAACAGGCCUCAGAAAAACGGAAAGAUGGUCAAUGAGGAGUGGGAGCGGUUUUGGGUGCUUGCUCGUCGCCGGAGGGAAAUUCGUCUGGUAUCCGAGAAACAGCCCAGGAAGAAAGCAUCAUUUCAAAUACUAGUAUUACUUGCAUGCGCUCAAAUGUAUGAAGCUGCAAAUGUGUUCAGAAGUCUUCAAGUUGUCACAAUCCUGUGUGGCACUUGGGCCACGCCUCCAAUGCUGUCCGAUUCAAUUCCUUACCAGCUAUUGAAUGUCGCCGCCUCCUCAGGCGACCGGCAACUGAUUUCGGGUGUGCCACCAUAUAAGUAUCAAUUGUUCACGAACGAACAUUGA